AAAAUAAUGGAGAGGAGGGGCGCAGCAGCAGCCAUCGCCCAAACACGUACCGCCGGCGCCGCUGGAAACGGCGUGGACUGCCCGUCGCCAUGUAUGGCGGCGUCCCGACCAGUGGACGCGCGUCCGUACGGCUUCGCCCAGGAACCGAGAUUCACAUGUCUAGGAGCGCUGCGUGGGUAUUCUUCUGUCGCGUCGGGCCUGCUCGCCGCGCUCGCCGUGCUCGCCGUGCCAGUAGAGAUGGAAACGACCGACUGGGCCCUGCGAAUCCUUUCGGCGUUGGGAAUCGGCACGGCUUCGACAUGUCAGCAUCUCUUUGCGUGCGCAGUGGCUUGAUAUGAUACAGAUGCGAGAACGAUAUAUCGGAUGAUGCUGGUAGAUGAGUUGAGGCGGUGUGGACGCCAGGUCGGAGAGCUCUCUCGGUCACAGGACACGUCGACGCUCGUGCCAGGUGUCAGUGUCUUUGCGUGUUACGAGGGGA